AUGGACUGCGUCGCACGGAUCGCUCGCCACGUGAGGGACAGCGCGGCGCAGGAACAGCCACUGGGUGCCCAGCCCACCGCCGGCUACUGUGCCGCCGAGAAGGCUGAGGACGACGUGGUGAUCUGCUGCGCGGUGCGAACUCCCUUGUGCAAGGCCAAGCGCGGAGCCUUCAAGGACACUGCGCCCGAACUUUUGUUGGCGGCGGUCUUCAAAGAGGUGGUGGCCAGGACCAAGGUGAAUCCCAAGGACAUCGGUGACAUUCAGAUCGGCAACGUGCUGCAGCCGGGCGCCAGUGGCCUCACCUCGCGCAUGGGGCAAUUCAUCGCCGAGUUGCCCUACGAGAUUCCUCUCAGCACGGUGAAUCGCCAGUGCAGCAGCAGCUUGCAGGCCACGGCCACCAUCGCGGCCUUCAUCAAGUCCGGCGUCAUCGAUGUGGGCCUCGCCGGUGGUGUGGAGAACAUGAGCAUGUUCCCCAUGAUGGCCACCAUCGACAUCACCAAGCUCUCCAAGGAUGUCUUGGACUACCCGGAUGCCGAGGCCUGCUUGCUGCCCAUGGGCCUCACCAGCGAGAACGUGGCGGCCGCCUACGGCAUCCCGCGCGAUCGCCAGGACGCCAUGGCCGCCGACUCGCACCUCAAGGCUUUGGAAGCUCAGAAGAAUGGCUGGUUCAAAGAGGAGAUCGUGCCUGUGACCAUUGAGAGCAAGCAGAAGGACGGCAGCGUGAAGAAGGUGGUGGUGGACAAGGACGAGGGCCCACGUGCGGGCACCACGCGUGAAAGCUUGGCCAAGCUGAAGCCAGCCUUCAAGGCGGGUGGCAGCACCACCGCAGGCAACAGCAGCCAGGUGACCGAUGGCGCGGCCAUGGUGCUCUUGGCCAGGCGCUCCGCGGCCAAGAAGUUGGGUCUGCCCAUCGUGGCGCGCUUCCGCUCCUUCGCCUGCGUGGGCGUGGACCCCAAGCUCAUGGGCAUUGGCCCGGCCUUCGCCAUCCCUCCUGCACUUGAGAAGGCUGGUUUGAAGGUCGAGGACAUCGACGUCUACGAGAUCAACGAGGCUUUCGCGUCCCAGGCGACCAUGUCCAUCGACCACUUGAAGAUUCCCAUGGAGAAGGUGAACCCUAAGGGCGGCGCCAUCGCCCUGGGCCAUCCGCUGGGCGCCACCGGUGCCCGGCAGAUCGCCACGCUGCUGCCGGAGCUGAAGCGACAGAACAAGAAGUAUGGUGUGACCUCCAUGUGCCUGGGCAGUGGCAUGGGUGCAGCCUCCGUGAUUGAGUUGGAGUGA